AUGAGGGCUCCCACUACAGACCAGGGUGCACCCUCCGUGAAUCUUUUUGGGCCUCCUGCUAGCCCACCAGGAGCAGCCCUGCUGGUGCAGCCUUCAAGCGCGACGGACUUGCUGCAACAGGCUGCAGAUACCGCUCAGCGCAUAGCUAAGGGACUGUCCCUUCCGCUAGGAUCCCCCUUGGGUGCCCCCCCAGAACGGCCGCCUGAUACUGGUGAGGCCGACGAGGGCCCAACAAAUGCUGGCCCUCCCAUCAGCACCCGCCCAAUGAGCUUCCUGUACAACGAUGACGAAGUGGAAGAAGAUGCAGCAGAUGAAGAACCUGAUGAAGGCCUUGUCCCUGCUGUUGCCGAUGCAGUAGAAGCAGCACCUGGGCGCAAUACGGGUACAGCACAGCGAGCCUCCUGGGUUGAUAGGAGCUGGUUGGAUUCUCCGGCUUCCGCAGCUUCCGCUGUCACUACAGAAGAAGAGCAGAGUCCAGAAGAGGCACAGAUGCCAGCUGUAGAGGAACCAGUCCAAAGCUGCUCCUUAGUAGAGGCAGCAACCGCAACGGAAGCGCUCUCCUGCCAAGUACAGCAACUGGGAAGGUCAUUAUCCCUGAAAGAGGUAACGGCAGCUCGAGAGGCUCUCCUCACCGCAGCUGAGUCCUUCCCCACUUUGGCAGCAGGGCACCUUGAGGCAGCCAAACACCGCAUGCAGCAAGCAGUUGCCAGCUGGCGAGAUAUCGGCAACAGCCAAGAGGAACAGCAACAACAGCAACCAGCCACGACGGAUGGAGAAACCGCGGAGAAGCAAUUCGACUCGGUCUCCUUUAUGGCUCGCGCGGUGCAUCAAGCGCAGCAACGCAUGCAAGGCCUCCGUGCUGCGGUGCUGGCCGACAGCAGCAGUCGGAGCCGAGGAGACAGCGGCAGUAAAAACGGAGCGACGCCUCUAGCCGUGAAAACUGGGUGGUGGGAAGCAACUGGCCUUCCUAUUAGCAGGGCGGAUCUGCACAGGAGGGUCUGCGGCGUGUUUAGCCAGAAGCUGCCUAGCAGCAUCAACCAACUGCUGCAGGCAGUUCGUAUUUCAUUGGAGCAACAGCAGCAGCCACAAAAAUGGGGGCCAGCCAACGAUGCUGAAGAGGAGCUAGAAGGCAGGGUUCUAGGCGCUCUCCUAACAUCUUUGAAAGCAGGCAACUUUGCUGCUGCACACCGACCCUGGGCUCAGCAGCUGCGAGAGCAAGUUGUUGCCUACUAUCACUACCAGCAGCAGCAGCAGCAACCGAGAGGAUCAAAGCACCUGCACACUAGUGAGGACUCCCUCGCAUCGGCGGGAGCUUUAAUAGACGGUCUCUUCUCGCGCCGCCGCCUUCAAGAAGCACUGUCUUCCUCAGAACCCUUCGUUUUGGAAAAUCCUCCCCUAGAAAGUCUCCAUGGGAGUGCCCUAGAAAGUCCGUGGUUUCCACAGCUUCUACUACAUGUUGCACGGGGAGACAGCGCAUAUGAUAUCUUCCUCCUGGAUCCGCAGGCUACACAGCAACAGCAGCAGUGGGCCUUUGUUGCAGUGUCACUUCAUCCUGAAAAGGUCCGGGGGGUUUCCGACGUUUUGAGGGUGCUGAGGAAAGCAGGGGAGUUUGCUGCUGCGGAGGCCGCAGGGGAUGCAGAACAGCAGGAGCAACAACAAAUUGUGGAGGAGCUUCUGAAGCUCUUUCACGGCGACACCAGCAGCAGCCGCAACGGUCUGCCUCCAAUCGCAGUGUAUGCGGAACUUGUGGUUAGGGACACCAAAGGAGACAUUGUCUUCGGACCAGCAGAAAUGCUCUGUCCGCAUACAACGGUCCCCUUCACCCUCAUUCGGCUGCAACAGCAGCAACAAGACGUUGCUCCACGAAAUAGCAUAUUGACGCCAUCAGCGAUGCCAAAUGCGACUUUUGUUUCGUCGCAAGAAAAAAAUUCUAGAGAGAGUCCCCUGAGCUCCCCCUGGGAGCCCUUGAUGUUUGAAGUGACUAUAAAGACGGCGGAUGGGGUCCUUCUUGCUGGGGAUGAUAUGCGAUCGCUUUUCUACAGGUCAUUUGGAAAGGCCCCAGUAUCUCAGCAGCAGGAAUGGCAACAUCAGCAACAGCAGCAGGAAACAGCGUUGUCUCCUUCUUUCGAGAUGCGCAAUGCCAGGGAAAUCCUAGGACACCUCAUUCCCGAAGGAACGGAAGGAGACCUAAACAAAGACUGCCUAGGGUCUCCUUAUUUGCUGCUCUUGCGGGUGGCAGGGCCACUCCCUGCACUCGCAGCGGCAGCAAGUGAGGCAGCAGCAGCAGGUGGAGGGGCAAUAGCACAAGCAGCGGCAGUCGAGGCGCGUGAAGCGGAGCUGGCAUUCAUAGUGGGGUCGAUCGCCAGUACUGUCCAAGUGCCCCUGCACGCUGUGCAGCUCUGCGCAGUCAAACGGGACUUAAGACGCCUUGCAUUUAGAAUUAAGGCUUUGGAGUUUGAAGACCCCGUCAUAGGGGCCGCUACUUGGCGUCGAGCCCUCUUGAACGCUGGGGCCCCUAUCCACAAGGCCCUGCUGGUGGACCUCACCCACCCCCCUGCAAUAACCAGGAAACAGCAGCAGCAGUAUUCGGCACAGGACGACCUUCUCACGCAUUUUUUCGCAGCACCAGAUUUGGGCCCUUUGGGUGGACGGAGGGCCCCCGAGAGGGUCGAGGGUAAGCGGCAGCCUGCGGAGGAAGACGGGAACUCCAAGCGCCACCAGCAGAAAGCAGCUACAUGGGUUUGGCUACUGGUGGGGGUUGGGGGGGCCCUGUUGUUUGCUGUAGGAGCAGUAACCGCCUUCCUGGCAUACCAGGUGUUUCAGCGGCGGGACGCAGCAAAGGAAGCAGCAGACGCAGAUGCGCCUGCUGCGGCAGCAGCAGCUGCUGCUCUUCUCGCCAAGGCAGCUCAACAGAAAGAGGAAAAGGCACUCUUGGAGGGGUCCCGCAGUUGGUGCUCUUCUGCCUUGCCUGCUUUGAAGCACCCUGAACACGUCAAAACAGCGAUAGAUACGCGAUCCAUGCACUAUUAG